UCUAUAAAGCCAACGGCUACAAUUUAGUUUAUCUUCCCUCCCUCUCCAUCUUUUUUACUCACUUUUCCUCUCUACUCAGUCAUCGGAGACAAAUUUAUCAUUUUCCGUUAGAAAAAAUGGGCGAAAAAAUUGCUUUCUAUUGAGAUCGAUAAUUCCAAUCUAGGCAAACCGGAAAAAGAUCGGCUCCUGCAACUAAUCACCUAUCUUCGGUUUCCUUUUGUUUUUUUAAGCUUCUGUUUUUGCCCGUUCAAUUUGGUUCUUUCCUUUCGGUAAGAAUCCACUCUCCUCUCUGCAUUUCUUUAUUUUAUUUUAUUUUUUUCCAAUUCUAGACCCAGACUUUGAAAGCUUUUUUUUUAAAUGACACAAUCUGAUAAACCCAGAAGCUGAAAAGAAAUUUAGUUUUCUUUUCCGAGAUUCAGCUUCUGGGUUUUUUUUUUUUCGGUUUUCCUCAAAUUGAUGAGAAUUUCAUUCUCUUCUACCUGCUUUUUUUUUAGAUUCUAAUUUUUGAGGCUGAAAGGAAAAUUUGUUUCCUUUUGAGUUUCAAUUUCUGAGUACAAUUCCCUUUUGCUCAAUUCGUUGUGAAAUAGCUAUUUCCUUCUCUUCUAGCUGAACUUUAGAUCCAAUUUUGAAUAGAUAGAAAAAGAGAGAAAUAAAACAAAAAAAAUGUCCGUCGUUGACGUUGCAUUGAGUCCGAUUCUCGCCGAAUCGGCAUAUUUCCAUGGUUACUGCAACAAUAACCAACAGGGAACUACCCCUGAAGGUUCAUCGAUCCUAAUUUAUCUUAGUGUCGCUGGUUCCCUUAUUCCCAUGCGGGUUUUAGAGUCGGAUUCUAUAGCAUCAGUAAAGUUAAGGAUCCAGUCGUCGGAGGGGUAUGUAGUGAAAAAACAGAAACUAGUUUUUGGGGGCAGAGAGUUGGCGAGAAAUGAUUCUCUUGUUAAAGACUAUAGUGUCUCUAGUGGCAAAGUCUUGCACUUGGUUCUGAAGCUCUCUGAUCUCUUGCUUAUUACUGUGAGAACCACUUGUGGACGGGAAUUUGAGUUACGCGUGGAUCGAUUUAGAAAUGUUGCUUAUUUAAAGCAGCGGAUAUUCAAAGAAGGUCAAGGCUUUGUUGAUGUUGAGGAGCAGGAAAUCUUUUAUAAUGGUGCGAAGCUUGAUGACCAAAAGCUUAUUGGUGACAUAAGCAGGGAUAGUGAUGCUGCCAUUCAUUUGUUGGUCCAAAAAUCUGUGCAAGUGAGGACUAAACCGUCGGAGAAAGAUUUUGAGAUUUCUGUUGUGGCGGAGAAUUCCAAUGAGAGAAGAGACAGUGUAGUAGAAGGAGGACAUAAUCACUCUGAAAUUGUUCAGGUUCUAGCUAGGGAGCAACCCGGUAGAUAUUUUUGGUUGGAACCUGUUAUCGUUAAUCCUAAGAUCAGAUUGAGUUCAACCAUGUGGAAUAUGAUCAACUCUACAUUUGAUGGGCUGGAGAGAGGUAAGCCACCCAUUCGAUCAAGUGAAGGAACAGGAGGAACUUAUUUUAUGCAAGAUCCAUUUGGUCAGAAGUUUGUUUCCGUUUUUAAGCCUGUGGAUGAGGAGCCAAUGGCUGUUAAUAACCCCCGCCAGCUACCUGUCUCAUUGAAUGGUGAAGGGCUGAAAAGAGGGACAAGGGUAGGAAGAGGAGCAGUAAGGGAAGUAGCAGCUUACAUAUUGGAUCAUCCAAAGAGUGGUCCAAGGGCAUUAACUGGCGAGGUUAUGGGUUUUGCUGGUGUGCCUCCUACUGUAGUUGUUCAGUGCUUGCAUGAAGCAUUUAACUAUCCUGAAGGGUAUGAAUAUUCAUUGAAAAAUGCCAAGGUUGGAUCUUUACAGAUGUUUAUGAAGAAUGAAGGUGGUUGUGAUGAAGUGGGUCCAGGGAUUUUCCCGGUGGAGGAGGUGCAUAAGAUCACUGUGUUAGAUAUAAGAUUGGCCAAUGCAGAUAGACAUGAUGGAAAUAUAUUGAUGAGCAAAGGGAAGGAUGGUCAGAUGGUGCUGAUUCCAAUUGAUCAUGGAUAUUGCUUGCCUGAGAAAUUUGAAGAUUGCACAUUUGAUUGGCUCUACUGGCCACAAGCCUGCCAGCCUUACUCACCUGAGACUAUUGAGUACAUAAAUUCACUGGAUGCUGAAAAGGAUAUUGCACUUCUGAAAUAUUUUGGGUGGAAUAUCCCUCGUUUGGCUGCCCGCACACUCCGUAUCUCCACCAUGCUUCUGAAGAAAGGGGUUGAGAGAGGUCUGACUCCUUUUGCCAUUGGAAGUAUCAUGUGCAGAGAAACUCUGAAUAAGGAAUCCAUGAUUGAGGAAAUUGUUCGUGAAGCUGAGGAUUCCCUGCUCCCUGGCAUGAGUGAAGCUGUGUUUCUUGAAACUGUCUCCCAAAUCAUGGAUUCCCGGCUCAAUCAACUCACAAAUCAAUCUUAAUUUAGCUCAGGUCAUGGAUUCCUUGGCUUGAUGAGCUCAGAAAGAAGUUUUCAUAUGGUAUAAUAAUUAUAUGUAUAUAUUUUGUAUGUAUCAAUAGAGUCCAUUUUUAGAUGGACUGUUUGAUGUAUGAGAGUAUGGAUGGCUUAUCUUGUUAUGCAUAAGCCUGAAACCUUCAAUUUUCUUUC